AUGUCACGUAAGCCCUAUGCCUCGGCCCUAUUUUCUAUAUGUGUGCCGUCCGACGAAAGGCAGCACGGUAUGUGUGAGUGCAGUGUCUGCUUCAAAAUCGAUACGAGUGUUCGUGCACUCUACAAUGGUAGAUCGUGCCUGUGAACGGAAACCACGUGGUGACGAAAACGUCAAAGUACGACCGAUUGUGUUGUAUGUUACUUUUUUAUUAAAUAUCUUGUAAUUAACGUGUCUGUCAGCCGUGAUUAUGAUUGACAAAACAUAUCAAUUAAGAAGGAAAGUACUUACAAAGAAAUUAAUUGAUGCAGACAUUGAUGUACGUCUAGUUUAUUAUGUAUUGUCCGUAUAACAAUUUCCAAUUAAUUAUUACAAAAUAGUCGUUUAUGUUAUAAUCUUAGCUUCUGAGUUAAUAUAAUACGUAAAAUUGGUUUAAAAACAUCUUUCUAAAAUUGGUUAAUUCGUAUUAACAGAAUUAUUCUGACCUUAAUAUCUUGUAAGAGAUAUGUGUAAAACAUAUUAUUGAAUAUUAAUUAUUGUUGAAGGAAUUAAACUUGGACAUUGCGAAAGAUAUGGUUGCAAAAAACAGGGCAGUUUUAUAAAUACACCUGUCACGUUUCUUUGCCGAAAUAGUGAUUCGAUGACACAAUCGAUUCAGUGUUCAAUUUUCUAGAAGUUUCAAAGCUUCGAUUAAGAAUUUUGAUCGGGCCGAUGCCAAAAGACAGUUUUCAUACGUGAUCACAGAGUUACAGUGAUUACAGAUAUAUAUCCACGGUUAAUGAACAAGCCGGCAAUAGGAAGAAUUAAAUCCAAGUAAGGUGGAGAUGCAUUGUGGGCGGCCUGAAAACCCAAUGGUUGGUCUGCAAAGCCUCGACCUUGCUUACCAAAUAAGGUCCCGUUCAAGGUCUUCGAGGCCUUGCGUAAGGCUCCAGCUGUGCCAUCGGCAUAACGAUUAACCGAUUAUGUCCACGCUUUAGUCAUCGGCCGUUUUCAGUAAAAGUGUUUAGCUGCAGUUAGAUGAUCAGCUUAUUUUACCACUGUGUUUCCUUUAUCACCGUGAGAUCCCUGAUUCCGUUCUAUGGGAAACGUUCGAUUUGGGCGUGUCUGCCCUGCACGGACACGUGCCGUAGGUAACGUCUGGCUCCAGUCGCGCAGUGCCACCGAAAUCAAUACGGAAUGCGACGGUAAGUUCAACGCACCCACCCAGAAGAGUGCUUAAGGUUCUUUCUCAUCGGACUAGCCGCGUACAUUCGGUCCAGACAGUGAAACUAUCGGGAAUCAACCCCGUAACGAGGUCAAAGACCUUGUACAACACAUUUUUCAUCAGUCGAGAAUAUCAGGAAAUGUCGGACAAUUGAAACAAGUUGAAAAGGAAGGAAGAUUUUUGUGAAAAAUAAUUGUACGAAUUUCCUUUAAAUAGAUUUAGCAUAAAUUCAGUUAUUUAAUCGGAAAUUUUUAAUUAUUCUUUUGCACGUUAGUUCACUUGAUAUCAAUUGAUUUGUAAAUGACAGAUAAUGCUGUGAGAGAAUUAACUGUAUCAAGUUUUCCCAGAGGUCGUUAUCGCGUUCGCAAAUGUCCAUUCUAAUAAGAAGAUUACACGUUGUAGAAUUCCUAGUAAGAUAAUUUAAUAUUGCGAGAUUAGUACAAGUUAUCUAAAUCUUGAUAGAUUCUCGAGGGGUGAUACAGGCGGGAGAUUUUUCAAGUAGUAGGUACUUUAAUUCCCUUUGAAUUGCAUGCUAACACAUACUUCACCGAUGCUUCUUUACUUUCCCUUGGAUGGGAACAAAAGAAAUCCCUCUUACGUACUUCUGUUCUCCUCAAGGUACCAACCAAGUGGCUGUUCAUGCGUAAUACUUGAAUUGUCCUUAAGCAGAAGGUAAAAAAUUCCAUUGAACUGUUUCAUCUUGUAUCAUGAUUCUUUUAAUUCAUUUCGAGGGUAAACGUACAAUCAAAUCUUAAAUUUAAUUUUAUUAAGAAAAAAAUUUCCAUUCUUAAAAAUCGAUAUUUUACUUAUGUAACAGUGAAUUGAUAAGAUAUGACUGAUUUAUUGGAAAUUGUAUCUAGGAAAUAUUGUGUUGAAAGGAUAAAUAUAAAUAUCUAUUCCAUGUAGAUGUAAUUAAAUCUAACAGUUUGAUUGUUGUUUUGAAAUUUUCAGAUAUAGUUAUGCUUGGCUAAUUUUUACUCUCCAGGUACACAUCUGCUGUGAUGAUAAUUUUCAAUUAUGGUUAAAUAAGAGAUAAUUGUGUAUGCGAUUAAUUUCUAGUCACAGUCCUCAUUGGCGAUUGCCAAGCAUGCGAGGAAUCCAGCCAGAAACGCGCGAUAAUACGCGAUCACUAUAUUUAGUGUUGACUUAUGUCUCGUUAGAUCAAGAAACAGUGACGUCUGAGCAGCUGACGAUAAAGAGAACGAUAAUAGUUCGUGUAUAGAAAUCAUACAACUUGUUAUUCGCGUACUCUUGAAAUUCUGUUUAAAAGAUUCGUCGAUGAUUCAAACUUGAUUUUACAUUUGAAAACGAUUCAUCUCUUACUCAGAAUACGUUGUUAUUCAUUCAUCCCGUGUUCGUAUAAUACUUUUACUGUACGAGACAUUCAUAAUCACAAGAAAGAAAUAAUUAAAAAUAAGAAAUUUUAUUUUUUAGGCAUAUAUUUUUUUACCUGUUAUUAAAAAUAGUAGUUCCUCAAUUUAUCGUGAACUUUGAAGAUACCGUCAUUUAGAUUUUUAGCGCGACUUUUCUUCGAACAAUCAAAGAAGGAAAGAUAUAAUCGAUUGCAAUACCUUUUUAAAUAAAACUUUGAUACGACGAUGUUAUUGUAAGAGUGAGAGAGUAAUUGAUAAUUCCUAUAGAAAUCAUACUUCAACAUUUUUCUUUUGUCUGGUGAUAUUUUCAACGAGGUGGAUAAGAUAUAAAUCGUCAAUUCUGAUACACAUGUAUCUAAUAAUCUAUCAGGUUUUGCGCACAAAGUUCUCGCAAGCUGAUAGUAAAAUCACAUUUCGAAAGAUGACCUGAAAUAUCCGCGCAAGAAUGUUUUAUUAUUAAUGUUCCGAGCUUCCAAAAUUUGUAACUUUUUAAAAUCUCACGUUCGGGUAAAUUAAAAUUUAGUCUAACGCGAAGGUUGAAGUUCCAGGACCUUAGAAAAUUUUAAUGAAAAUUUUCUCAAUGCAGUGGCCAUGGAUUCGGGAAAGGAAAAGAUGGAUUCGUCAAUGCCAGUAGGAAGUAACAUAUGUACUUUAGAGACUUGCAAAGAAGAUUAGCGGGAUGGUGGAGAGACACCGGACACGCUGUGUUACACGAGUUCGUUUCUAUGUGGCCCGAUAGAUGUUCUUAUAUUUAAGAAUGAUAAAAAAUAUUCAAAACAAUCAAUCAGACUAGCAUUCCUCGUCGUUCGUCUUCUUUCCAGCUGUGAAUCGUCGAAUCGAAGGUAAAAAUGAUGAACCACUCCACUCUUUAGCUGGCACGCAAGAUCCGCGGUCUUCAGCUCUGACGAGUGACGUUUGAGAUUCUUGGGAUUUGACCUUGCACACGCGACUGACCCAGAACAGGUAGAACAACCGGUAAAACGUAUGUGUUCACACACGUCGUCCGGCUGUUGCUUAGCGUUCUUGACUCCGUUUUUCUUGCGCGUAUCUGCGUGUGUCUGCGAGAAGUCAAGGAUUUGGAACACGGUCGUGGCUCGCUAGAAUUACCAAAAAUGGACGGUUUCGUCCUUCCGCUUAUUCAAAUAGUCGCGCGGACUGCAAUCUGCGGGAAUUCGAAUGACUCUUGCGACACGUUACGUUUUGAAAGUAUAAGAAUAGACGCGAUAAAUAGAUAAUGUUUUUGUUAAUUGAAAGAAUUGCUGCAACGAGGAGAUGGCUUCAUCCUUGAAUAAUAUUAGUAAAUCAACGUGAAUUCAAAAGGUAAAUUUAUGGCCAAUCGUUACUCUGAUAAACGACAAUAAUAAACUUUUACUUCGAGCUAACUUCUUUUUACGCAUUAUUAUACCAAACUGAAAUAUUAUACCAAAAAAAAUAUGUAAAAAAUUGAGCUCCCUUUCUUUUCGAGUCUUCUAUUUUAACGACAGUUCGAUUAAUUUUAAUAUAUAUAUUCAGUAUUUACGAUAUCAUAAGAUAUUUCUAAAAUUAUAGAAAAUUUUCUUUCCUUUUAAAUUUAGGACGAAUCAAUGAUGAAAGGAAAUUCGAAGAAAUUCCUGAGAUUGAUUUAUUUGAAUGAUUUCAGAAAUCGUUCUUGGAAGUCUGGCGCUGAUGUUCCCCAGGAAACAAUAAGCAAGGAAGAGCAAUGCAUCGUGUUAUUACGAAACAACGAGCAUGAAACACGAAAGCGUAAUACGUCAAUCAUUCGCGAAAGUUAAUAUUCCUUGUACUACUGAUUUUAAACGAUUAUUUAUAUUAUAUAUAUAUUAUAUAUAUAUA